UACAGCAUAUAUAAAAUCAAGAGCGCACAAUCGAAGUAUAAACUGCGCAUUUGCCGGGGAUAGCAGAGUUGAUGUUGACAUCCUAAAACAACAACAUUUCAAGAAUGGCAGUCUGGGUAUCAACCAUGGGGUCAAACAUACCAGAGGGAGCAAUAAGAGCUGGGUAUGAGGGGGAUGGAAAACCACUUUUUAUUGCCAAGGCUAGAAUAGAGGGCACCAUGACGCCUGGAAAAUGCGGAUUCCAUCUUAAUGGAGCCCAUAUUCCAUAUGGCACGAAAGAACAAAUCAUUAAUCAAUACGAGGUCCUGGUUUUGCCUUUAAAAAAUUUUGGGUUUUUAGAUUGGCAAAAGGCUUCUAACGGCAACGUGCCACACAAUGCCUACGAAACGGACGGUGGAAUCUAUGUUGGUAGGGCGUUCCACAAAGGGAGCUUAGUGCCAGGGAAAAUCCAUGUUGAACACCGCUGUGCAUACAUUAGUUACGGAGGGAAAGAAUUCAGUUAUAAAGAUUAUGAGGUCCUGUCUGAGAUAAAAUGAAAACUGUACGACAUUUGGAGCAAUUUAUAAAAUCGACAGUGCUUUACUGAAAAUACAGCAUUUUUAUCUGUUAUUUAUAAUGUGAAUUUUGUAACUUGAAAAAAUGCUAGCACAUAUAUCAAUGUCUCUGUAUUCUUAAUUCAGCCUUUGGAUUUUCUACUCUAGCGAAGUAAAAACAAUAAAAAUUAUAUUCAGUUUGCAUA